AUAGCCGGGUAAUGUAACAGUAGUCUGAGUAGAUCUGUUUUGGAAGUUGAAACCUGUAGGACAUUAGAGAGAUAUCGUAGAAGCUGUUGUGUUGUCUUUUGUGGACCAGCACUCUACCCUUCACCCGGCAGUGUUGUGGAGGAGGAAGGCCAUAAAUGCGUCCGAGCGCGGGCCUGUGACAUUUUCUUGUUGGGAAGAUUGGAUUCAAGGUUGCCUUUCAAGUUUCAACGUGUGCUGGGAUUGUUGAGCAAGAAAACCUCAAAAUUGAAGACCUUAGGAAGUUUUAGUGAAGUAGGACUCGAGAAGAUUCCACAUUACCACAAGUCUUGACCAAAAUAAGGAAGACCAUGGCAGGGACUGCCACAACUGAUCCAGUCCCCAUACAGGGCAAGUCAAAGCCUGAACUCAAACGCCUCACGUUUCAAAAGAAGGACCGGUAUGAAAAUGAGUGGGAUGAAGCCAGGCCUGAAACUCCGCCAACAUCAGUCAAAGGACCCUUGCAGUUUGGCAAACCAAGACCUAGCAAGUAUUCUCACCUAGCAGCACAGAUGGAGACAGAAGACUCAAGCUCAAAGUCAGUCACAGCCGCACUGACGAGAGUACAGCCCACUGUAGUAACAAGUCGUACAGCUCCCAGACCGGCACCAAAGAAUCUCACACAAGGGAAAGGACUGUUGAAAGAGGCACAGCUGCAAGACUUUCAGAAGAACGCAGGUGUCUCUGUGGCUGCUGACAAUCUCCACAAGAGUGUGUCAGGGGAAGUCACUAAGGUUCAACGUGUUCCUGGGAAGAUAGCACAGCUGAAUGCUGAGCAGACACCAACCCCACCAGGAACACCACCCAAGACCACAGAGAAACACCACAGCUGGUUAGGAGUGGUGCCAGAAAAGAAACCAGCAUGCGUUCCUCAGACCAUUUACCUGCCAGAGCAGAGGCGAUGGUUUGGCCUUGGUCCAGUGUAUCAGCCCACCCAGACCGUGUGUGUUCCUGUCCAACCCAAAGUCAACCUUGUAGACCAGGUGAAACAAAAGGGCCUGUCCACCAAAUCCAAGCAGUUUUACCACCAGGACUCUGACAGAGACUUCUUUGUGGACAAAAACCACCAGGAGUUCCCUAAGAUUAAGAAGAUAUGUCCACGGAGUGAUGCAGAGUUUAAUGCCCUUGCACCUUCAACACUGUAAACAAAUAGAUGGGAACUUAUCAAGAAAAAUGUCUAUGGAUUUGUAUAUUCUGAUAUUUGUAUUUGUACAUUUGUAUGCUAAGUGACCAAGGCUUAGUGGAGCCCAGUCAAAAGGUACCUGUCAGCAGACUGGCAGGAGUAUCUUGUCAGGAUUUAAGAGAAAGCCAUACCAAGUAUGUGAUUGUAUGCAGAGAUUUCCCUCUGGCUGAAGUUCUGUUAACUAAUCGUUAUGAAACAAACUUACACAAAAUUGAACAUGCUUGAAGACAGACAUAUUGUUAAUUGACUUGGUGCUACCUCAAAAUGACCAACACUGCAAAGGCAGUGGUUUGUUAAGUACUUGAACUUGAAUAUAUGCUUUCUGUACCUCUGUUUUCCAAGUUGUUGACCAUUGAUUUUGUAAAAAUUAAAGAUAAAAGAUAGUUGUGAUUCAUACUUUUGCAGUUAUUGAUGACUGAAAGACAGUAAGUGAUAUUUAAAAUACGGGGAAAUGUAUUGGCUUUCACUUCUCAGUGUUGUCAUCUGUACAAUUGUUGUCAUUAUUAAUGAUAAUAAAUCCCUUUGUUGGUGCUUUUAUCUGCCCAUACUU